AUGGACACUUACAUCGGUAGGGCAUUGCAGUACAGCGCCGACAUCGCCGCGGCCUAUUGGUCACAAAUCAACAACUUUAUAACGAGUGCUCGACUGCAAAUAGCCAACAAAUAUUCCCGUAAUGAUGAGGAGCUCAUUCCUGACCAUUUUGGCGUGCGAUUGACGAUUAAGAGGAAGAGUAAAGUGCUCAAGACGAUUAACUGUAGCACAGAGGAGCAGUAUGAAAAUUUCAAGAAGAUUUGGUGGGAGAAAACUGCCACCAACAAGCCAUUCGAUCAUCGGUUUUUGGAGGUCUCUGGAAAGGCGGUUUUUGAGUGGAAGGCACCUACGCCCGUGCCUGCGCCAGUAGAGAGAGUUGUAGAGGCACCAACGCGUCGUUCAGGAGGAGGAGGACCUACCAGGAUGAGUGCCAGUCAGCGUCAACGCGUCAGUAAUGCCAAUGAAGCAAUGGUAGAGGAGGUCCUGGCAGACUCACUCACUACAAUCACUGCAAAGUGGGUUUGCCGCGUUGCCAGUUGUCCCAAUAAAGGGGCCCUUUGCGCAGGAAACCUCCAUGGCCAUUUGGCCCUGUCGCUGCCUAACAUAAAGAAAUGGAAUGCCCUUAUAAAAAAGGGCGUGGCCAACACGGAUGAGGUCCCAGGAGAGGUCCUUGGAGAUGCCAAAGUGGCACGAGAUCGCCACAAGUUACAGGAUAAAGGACAAGGGAUGCCUUUACCAGUAAUGCCAGCGCCGAUUUACUGCCAGUAUUAUUAUGCCGGAGGAGUUGGUGGCAGUAGAGAGAGUGGAAUGCCAGGAGGGUUUCCACCGCAAAAUGGACCGCCGACAGCAUUAGUUGGCACUGCGAUUGCACCACCAAAAGAGCCUCAAUCAAGCCCGCCAUUUCUAGCAGGAGAUGAUGAUGAGAACCUCCUCCUUUAUUUGAGUUGGUUAGGCGUCAAAUAUCCACGCAACCGUGAGGAAUUCGCAUCGUUUGGUGACAUUUUGGCGGGGGAUGGAUGGAGUUUCAGUGCCAUUCGUGAGAUCACCGAUCUCCAGUUUGAGGCGAUGAAAAUCGCUCCAGGUUUCGUGCGCAAGAUAAAGAAGCAUUUGAAGGAGUGGGUGAGAGAAGGACAUGCCGUAGAGAGUGGUAGUGGUGGCGCAGUGAGCUCUUGA